AUGCGAAUUUCCAUUUUUUCCCUACAAUUUCUAGUUGUCCUAAGUCUAUUUUAUUUUUGCGAUGCAAUUCAAUCGGAACAGGAGAUUUUGAAGGAUUUGAUGAAAAAUUAUGAUAAAAGAGUUCGGCCGCCGGCAGCUAAUUCGACAGGUAAAAAUUGAGAAACAGUGGAAAAAUUUGGAUAUAAUUUUCUAAAGUAACAAUCCAAAAAUACGGGGUAAAAAUUAAUUUGAUACUAAAAAAUUUCACUGUUUCAAAAAAUUCAGAAAAAGUUUAUUUGGUACUACCUCAUAAAAUUACAAAAUUAAAUUUUUUUUGGCAAAAUUAAUUUGAAAAAUAUAGAUUAAUUGAAUUUUCCAAAUUUUUUUUGAAAAAUUCACUGUUUCAAGAAUUUUCGAAUUUAAAAAAUUCCUGGAAAUCAUUGCUCGUAUUACAUCCUAUUUUAAAUUUCAAUUGUUUGCAUUAAAAUAGUUCACUGUUUCAAAACUUGUUCCUAAUUUUUGUAGUAAGCUUGAAAAUUUGAUAAUAACUCGAAAAUUGAAAUUUUGAAGCAGUGAAAUAAUUGAGAUAUAAUGUUUGAUCGACUUUUUGAAUUAUUUAUUUUUAUUCAUAGAAUUUGGUGCGAAGAAAAUUCGUCAGAAAUUGGGAUUUUUCUAAAUCUAAAAUUAAUUCCACAAACCAACAGGUACCUUAAGAAUUUGCUAAUUAGAAAUUAGAAUUUCCACUGAUAAAUUCUACUGUUUCAAAAAUUAUUCAGAAAUGUUCUUGUGAAUUUGGAAGUGUUUCAGUGUCUAAAAUCCAUAAUUAAAUUCAAAAAUUUUCACUGUUUCAUAAUUAUUUCAAAAGUUCAAACUCAAAAAAAAACAGAUUAUUCCUGCUUGCGAUUUCACUGGAAAUAAAAAUGGUUCUAAAAAUCACAAACAGCAACUUCAAAAAUUUCACUGCUUCAAAAAAUACAUGACAAAUCUCAGAGCUUGCAGUGAACAAUUUGUCCGUGAAAAUAUCCACAAAAAUACGUUUCAAAAAAUUUAGAGAAUGUUCUCAGACAAAUCCCCUCGAUUUUUUUUCCAAUUUCAUCAUAUAUUUUUUGAAGAUGGCGCUGUCCGAGUUCGUGUAAAUAUGCUUAUCCGAAUGUUAUCAAAAAUCGACGUAGUCAACAUGGAAUACGCGAUUCAAAUCACAUUUCGAGAACAAUGGAUCGAUCCCCGAUUAUCGUUUGCGAAUCGAAAAAACGCUCCGGAUUUUCUAACAGUUCCUCAUAUCAAAAACGAUGUUUGGAUUCCAGACACUUUUUUUCCAGUGAGUUUUAUCCUGGCUUUUCCCAUUUUCCCCCGAAAAAUCUCAUUUUAUUAGACCGAAAAAGCUGCACAUCGUCAUUUAAUCGACAUGGAAAACAUGUUUUUACGAAUUUAUAAAGAUGGAACUGUGAGUUUUUUAUUUUUUCGUUUUCAGCGAAAAAAUAUGACUUGAGGGAUUAAUUAAUUUGAAUAUUCAUGAGAAAAAUGGCAGCGAACAACAACAAGUUUUGAAAAAUUAUUUUUAUUCGAAUUUUAUUAUGGCUAGAGAUAUAGAAUUUUUUAGACGGGGGAGCUGAGCUGGAAAUUAUGGUUUGGCGGGGGAAAAAAUUCACUGUUUCUAAAAUUUUAGAAAAAUAAAAAAUAGGAAAAACACUAAUGUCUGAUUUGGAUGAUUUUUGCGCAGAAACAUGGCAAAAUUUUGAUAUUGAAAAAAAUUGAAAUUGAAAAAAUUUACUGUUUCAAAAAAUCGAUACCAAAAUGUUAAUUAUAGAAAAACCAAUGAGAUGUUCGAAUUUAAUUUUAAAAAAUAAUUUCACUGUUUCAAAAAAUUUUGAAAAAUAAUUUUCACUGUUUCAAAAAAUUAUUCAGACAUUAGAAGACUGUUAGAUUAGGAAAAAUCUACUGUUUCAAGUUUUCUGGAGCUGAAAUUUAUCAGAAAACUGAUCACUCUCCAAUUGAAAUAAAUUCACUGUUUCAGAAAAUUUAUAUGGAGAGAAAUAAAAAUAAACCUAUGAUAAAUGGUACGCAAUUUCAUGCACUUAAUAAAAAUCACUGAAAAAAAUCACUGUUUCAAAAAUUCUAGAAAUAGAAAGAAAUGAACAUAAACCAAUACAGAUGAAAUAUUCGACAAAAAUAAUUGCAGAAAUUUUUCACUGUUUCAAAAAACUAUUAUGAAAAAAUUGUUCAGAAUACCAUAUUAAUGUAAGUGGUUUUUGCUGAAGGUUCAGAUAUUCAAAAAAGUCAGAAAAAUCUACUGUUUCACGAAAUUUACAACUAAAAUUACACCUAAUAUCAAAUCUUUGCAGAUCCUCUACAGUAGCCGUAUCAGUCUAACCGCUUCGUGUCCAAUGCGCCUUCAAUUAUACCCGCUAGAUUAUCAAAUGUGCAAUUUCGACAUGGUUAGUUAUGCACACACAAUGAAUGAUAUUAUCUAUGAAUGGGACCCGGUUGCUCCAGUUCAAUUGAAAAAAGGUGUUGGAUCGGAUUUACCCAAUUUUCAAUUAAUUGAUACUCGUGUUAAUGAUGAUUGUACAAGUCGUACAAAUACUGGAAAUUAUGCCUGUUUGCGAUUGGAAAUGAUACUAAAAAGACAGUUUAGGUGAGUGAGAAGAAAUUUUGUAAUUCCAACAAAAAAUUUUCAUUUUCAGUUACUAUUUGGUGCAAUUAUAUGCUCCAACCACAAUGAUUGUUAUUGUUUCUUGGGUUUCAUUUUGGAUUGAUUUGCAUUCAACGGCUGGAAGAGUUGCUCUGGGAGUUACUACACUUCUAACAAUGACUACUAUGGUGAGGAUAAAUAUGUUUUUAUGAUGGAAAUUGGGGGAAUUGCCACGUGGCUUCUCGUCCUUAAUUGAAACGGCUUUAAAACUUUUUGAAAUAGGUUUGCCACGUGGAUUUUUAGCUUUGAAUUAACCUAACUUCAUACUCGAAUUCAAAAAUAGGAACAUGUGGAUUUUCAACGAAAAAUUAUCAUAAAUUGAUUUGUAAUUUUCGGAAACAAGAAUUUUUCAAUUGAAAAAAUUCACUGUUUCAAAAUUUUCAUUUGAAUUAAAAAUCAAUGAUAAUUCAUUCAGAACAGCAUAUUAUGAAAUAAAUAAACUUUAUUCAAAAAUCCACUGUUUCAAAAAUUACAAUGAUUAUUUUUGGAAAUGAAAAAACUGGUAGGCUCAGAAACCAAAAAAAUCAAUGUUUCAAAAUUCUCGAAAAAAUGAAAAAUUAUAGUUUUCCAAAAUUUUUUCAAAAAAAUUUACUGUUUCAGAAUUUUCAUGAAAAUGAUUUGUAGUUUUGAAAAAACUGAUGCUUCGCUGUGUGUUUAUUCAAAAACGAGAAUUUUUUUCAAUUGAAAAUCCACUGUUUCAAAAAUUAUAGAAAUUAUUUCUGGCUAGUGGAAAAAAACUAAUGGGAUUACUCCACUGUCUUCCAAAAAAUCCACUGUUUCAAAAUUUUCAUUUGAAUUACAACUCAAUGAUAAUUUAUUAUCUAUUGUUUUCUACAUCUUUUCAAUAAAAAAAUAAACUUCAGCUCGAAAAUCCACUGUUUCAAAAAUUAUAGAAAUUAUUAUUGAAAAUACGAAAAGCUAGUACAUUAGUCAAACAAGCCGACUAAAAAUUUCAAAAUUCUCAAAAAAAUGAAAAAUUAUAGUUUUCCAAAAUUUGUACGAAAAAAAUCAAUGUUUCAAAAUUUUCAUUUAAUUAAAAUUCAAUAAGAAUUUAUUGGCAUAGAAUUGAUCCUGUGAAAACAAUUCAGCUCGAAAAUCCACUGUUUCAAAAAUUAUUAGAACUAUUUUUGAAAAUGGGAAAAGCUAACAGAUAAUCCAAAGACCAACUAGAUAUUUAAAAAAUUUUUUCAAAAAAUGAAAAAUUAUAGUUUCACAAAAUUUGCAUAGAAAAUUCACUGUUUCAAAAAUUUCAUGAAAACAAUUUGUAGUAUUAAAAAAACUGAUGCUCCGCUGUGUGUUUAUUCAAAAACGAGAAUUUUUUCAAUUGAAAAAAUUCACUGUUUCAAAAAUUAUAGAAAAUUAUUAUUGAAAAUACGAAAAGCUAGUACAUAAUUCAAACAAUUCGACUAAACAUUUCAAAAUUCUCAAAAAAAUGGAAAAUUAUAGUUUUCCAAAAUUUGUACAAAAAAAUGUACUGUUUCAGAAUUUUCAUUUGAACUAAAAUUCAAUAAGAAUUUAUUGUUGCAAUGUUGAUCCUGUGAAAACAAUUCAGCUCGAAAAUCCACUGUUUCAAAAAUUAUUGAAACUACUUUUGAAAAUGGGAGAAGCUAGUAGGCUCAGAAACCAAAAAAUCACUGUUUCAAAAUUCUCGAAAAAAUGAAAAAUUAUAGUUUUCCAAAAUUUGUACAAAAAAUCACUGUUUCAGAAUUUUCAUAGAAAUAAUUUUUAAUAUUGAAAGAACUGAUGCUUCGAUGCGUGUUUAUUCAGAAACAAGAAUUUUUUCAAUUGAAAAUCUACUGUUUCAAAAAUUAUAGAAAUUAUUUCUGGCUAGUGGAAAAAAACUGAUGGGAUGAAAUUCUCAUAACCAAAAACCCGUAUUAUCCCAAAUGUUCCUACGCCUUUCCCCAUCUCAAAAUCAUUCCAGCAAUCCGCAAUAAAUGCCAAAUUGCCCCCAGUCAGUUAUGUAAAAGUAGUAGAUGUUUGGUUGGGAGCAUGCCAAACAUUUGUGUUCGGAGCCCUUCUUGAAUACGCUUUUGUCAGUUAUCAGGACAGUGCUCGACAAAAUGAUCGAGCCAGAGAAAAAGCGGCGAGAAAAGCGCAGAAACGAAGGGAGAAAUUGGAGAUGGUUGAUGCGGAGAUUUAUCAACCACCGUGUACUUGUCAUACGGUAAGUGACAACAAGAACAUUUACUGUUUCAGAAAAAAAUUGAAAAUUAUAAUUAAAAAUUGAUGAAACAGUAUCUAAAAAUGUCCACUGUUUCAAAAAAUGCUCGGUCAGAAAACGGCGGAGUCGCUACACGUUUCGGGGAACUAAAAACGUGUAGCGACUCCGCCCCGAUCGGUAGCGACUCCGCCGUUUUCUGACCGAGUGUAUACAUUUUGGGCAGAAAUUUUUUACUGAUGUAAUUUCGUCCGAAAAUGUAUUUACUGUUUCAAAAUUUUUGUUCCUUAAAAUUUACAUGACAAAUUCUAUAACAAGCUAUGUUUUCUAUUGAAAAAAAGUUUUUUAAAUUUUUCAGUGAUUGUUUAAAUUGAAAAACACAUCAAGUCUGCAAAAUUCCAAAGUUUUUUUGCAAAUAAAAAAAUCACUGUUUCAAAAAUAAUUGAAAAUAAUUAUUCAAGACGUAGAAUUAAUUUAUCGAUUUCUAUUCCUCUAAAAUUUUAGAAUUUUUCACUGUUUCAAACAUUUAUAGAAUUCAGAAAAGUCAAAUAAAAAUAUAUAUUUCAAAUCUUUCAAAUACUUCAAAAAAUUCCUAAAUUAUUUUGAUCUCAAAAUUAUUUGACUGUUUCAAAAAAUAAAUGAAGCUGGACUAGUGUAAAAAAUUUCAUUACCGACAUUUUUACUGAUAAACCUAGUAAAUUUAGAGAAAUAUCUAAAACUAGGCCUAAAAUAUUUCACUGUUUCUAAGCUCUUAGAAAGUCUUGAGCAAAAACAAUGAUAAUUGAUUACAAUAUUUCAUUUUACUGUUUCAAAAAUUCCCCUCAAUCCCACUAUUUUCUUUUAGUUCGAAGCAAAAGAAACAUUCCGCGAUCGUCUCCGCCGCUAUUUCACAAAACCCGACUAUCUUCCCGCCAAAAUCGACUUCUACGCUCGAUUUUUGGCGCCAAUCGCAUUUCUCACUUUCAACAUAAUCUAUUGGACUUCGUGUUUAUCAAUGUCGGCUGACGCGAAUCCAGUCAAGAAGUUGGCCUAA